AUGCAAAUCACAGGAGUGCGGGGUAAUGCGAAGCGCAGUGAGCCAGGAGAGAGGAUGACGUCCUUUCCCACCUUGCCGCGUGUGGACCCACCCAAUAUUACCUCAUCUCUGCUCGGCAAGAAGGGGGAGGAGAGAAAACAAACUAAACAGUAUAACUCGCUUCUUGCGAAAUGUGAGUCAUUAGUGUCAGGUUGUCUUCCACUCGGAGGCGGCACUCAGCAACCCGACCGGAAAUCUCCGGCAUGUGUUGCACCUCAAUCCACAUCUGGACGGUUACCAAGCAUUAGAUUAAAGCCCGACCACACACAAACUACUGUGCCCAUCGGUAUAAACAAGGGGACAACUGGGCUAGGGCCUCCGGGCGGUGGCGCUAAGUUUUGCGGAAGUGCAAGAUUUAAUUCCUCAAAUGAAGCUCCUGGUUCUGAGGGGUCGGAUGACAGUUCCGAAGCUCCAGACACUUUCCCCAAUAUCUCUGGGAACAUGGGGAGACCCUGCAUUCGUUCGUCGACGUUAAAACAGGGGGAUGAAACACCCGAUGUGCGAGUGAAUCUUUGCCAAAGAUUUAGCACUGCCAUUGAUAUGCUAAAUGAAGAGGAGGCAGUGCCAUGUACAGAUGGGACUGAAAGCAACCUUACUAACGGUGAUGAAAAUCCCUUUAGUCAACCUUCGUUGGCAAAUAGCAGUUGUUGCACCACCCCACGCAAGGGCGCCCCGCAUUCUCCGAAAGACGGCUCCAAUCCACCGCCCGCGGCCCGUUUGAAAUCAGGUGGAAAGCGUGUGGUUAUUCGACGCACUCCAGAAACUAGUCGGCCUGGCACGAAUGAUUGCCAAACCUGUAAACCGUCUAUGGAGGAGCUAAAGGUUGGUAGAAGGGUCUCUGUUACUUCACUGAGAAUGCGUGAGGCCGAAAAUGAGGAACUUGGGGUUCCAGACGACAUGCCAAUGGACGUCACGGUUAUGAAACAUAUGAUGCUGCGGGAAACACAGAAGCGACAAACAAAGAAGGAUGCCCCGUCCAUAUACUCCGUAACACUUCCAUCCUUUGAUGAAACAACAGGAAAACUGGGAGAUAGUUGCUCAUUUCCCAGUUCUCUGCCCGUGAGUGAGGCCAUUGAAAAGGUGCUUUUACUGGAGCGUGGAGAGCAAAGAGUAAAGACAACAAGUGUGGGAAUCACGAACUUCCUGAAGAACUUUUCAGAAAGCCAUGAGAUUAUAUACUUGUUCUUUUGGUAUAUUGUAGCACACGCACGUCGCGCCUCCUCUGAACGAGUUCUUAUCGACCGCUAUGUUAACCUGGAACACGUCUUUCGCACCAUGUUUCCUCGCUAUAUGUCUGAUCUACCACCUUUAUCGGUGCUUGAGCAGAUUGUUACCAGACGUCUGAGAAAUGCCUGUACUGGGAGGAACAUUAGUAGCGAGAGGAAGGCAGAAACAAGAGCCUUGGUUCUGGAGGAUAUUAUAGCGAUGCUGUCAGCACCUGAACCAUGUAGUAGCAAUAUAUUUAAUAUUGCUUCCUCCUUCGUGUUUGGUGACGCUGAAGAAGCCAAUGAGAAUGCGGACACUAUGAAGAGCUGCACGGACACAACUCACCCAACGCUCGAUCCGUUACAACUGAAUCGUGCUGAUAGGGAGGAUGAUGGUGGUAAGGCAGGUGCAACUGACGACACGAAGAGCCCGAUGCACGACGGCGUGAAGGUGAUGACGUUGCGGUUGGCAAAUGCCAUAGACACAUUCACCGUUGCUCACGUUGAAGUGUGCGAACUGAGGAAUCUUGCAGAACGCUGCUUUCACCGACUUGCCAUGCUAUUUGGUGAGUCCUUUGAACGGCUGCGGUCAGAGAAGGAUAAUGUCUUCUCAGCUUAUAUGAUUAUCGUGCCUCACGUAACAUACUACGCUCUGGUUCACUGUUUUCCAAACGACUUCUUAGCAGGUCUUCUCAACGCCGUCAUGCGUGUGAAUAUUUACCGUAUAUUUUACUACUGGUGCAGUGGUCUGGUGGCAACCUAUGUGCGUUCCUCUGGGUGGCCGACACCGCGGCAAAGGAAAGGGGGAGCGCAGCCCUCUUUUGACCACCAGUCGCGUGGAAGCGGGGCAGAUUUCAACGGGCUCCCUCCUAUCAAACGAGGGAGUAGACCUCUUGACAGCGAUCCGAACGCGGCCAACAGCACCGGUCCCUCCUCACCUCGUGGGGGUUCAAAUGAUGGCGAGCAGUCCACCGCAGCAGGGUCCGCAGCAGAGGAUGAGCAGCUUGAAUUUCUUGGUGAUGACUCGUUUGAUGAUGUUGAUGUAGAAGUGGUAAACGGAUAUCACAGGAUAGUGCUGGAGUUCAAAAAGUACGCUAAGCACGUCAAUUUUCUUGUUCAGAAACUUGAGCAGCGCACGACCUCCAUGCACGACCGGUUGACGGAAGCGCCAAAGCAGGAAUGCCCCGAAGGCAACUGCAACAAAAAAGGUGGAAAGUCCGUUUGCUUCACAGAGACAGGUGCGGACGCCCCACUUGGCACGAAUAAGAGCGUAAAACUCGGUACCGGUGUGGUUACCGAGUCUCUAAAUGAUGACACGAAGGGGAAGACAGGGAAAAAAAUUAGGCAAAACUCAUUGGGGGGCCAGACAAAGCAUAACGGCAAUGAGGGAAACAAUGUUCUACCACAGAUAUUUCCCAACGGAAAGAGCAGGGCUUCGGUCUCGUUUUCAGUAGGUGCUGGCAAGCAAAAUACAAGCGGGAAUAACAAUCAGAGUGGCAAUGACACUGCUGUCCGCGACUCUGUGAUAUGUAGUUUCCCCCUUGAUGCUGCACUCGCAAAGGUGAGAAAUUACAUUGAAGCACACUCAGCCGCGAGUAUUGCGCAUGUGCCACUUCCCCCUUUAGAUGACACGUUAGAGGAGAAACCGACUUUUACGCUUGUGGAACACGACGAGAAUUCGGCGGUGGGCAUAUUACCCGCCACCAUUACGACCAAUACCCGCAGCACCCGUGACAGAACUGUAAAGGUACCACUUCCUUUAAGCUCGCCGCUGUUCCUUCACUACGCGAGGCAUCGGCUGCAUCCUUCUGUACUUUCAAACUUAGGGGGUGUAGAUGCUUCCAAAGUGAAAACAUCGGCACAACCGAGCCCCCGCUGCUUUCCGUCCGGUACUCAGUUCGAUAAUAGAACUGCCUCACCAGGGGCAUCUAAGCAGUUAACUGACGCAUUUUCUAGUGGGGCUGUCACGCCCCGGUACAUUGAGAACGGUGAAGCAACAAAGCGGACACCAAUGACCCUUAUUGAAAGUUCGAAAAAACCCAUACGCAUGACGCUAAUCCCAGCCUCUGAGACGCAUCCUCGGCCACUUCAGUUUGAAGGGUUGACAAAAGAAAUCAGGAAAAGGCACAUGCAGUUUGAGCAAAAUAUGGUUUGCUUGCAAGAACGGGAGCAACAACACCGACAGGAGUAUAACAAGAAUACCCAGCGCGGACUGAAUCUUGCACAUCAACUGCUCUCCGGUGUAUUUCAAGAAGCUGCAGAUACGGAUUUGGGAAGGGCUAUGAAGAACCGAAAGAAAAAAAGUGUUGCAACACCAAAGAAGUAA